AUGCUUUGCCAGACCGACUGCCAGCGCAGACAGCCCUGCCUCCCACCUCAUGUCGUCCUGGUGAGGAAUUUGCCUGUCAGUAGGAGCGUGGAUCCCUGCAGCUCCAUCCGCAGCAUCUCAUGCCUGAACACAUGUGCAGAUCCCUGCUACUACGCCAGGGUUCCUCAGGGCACCACCACCUAUCUGAAGCUUGGUAGCUGUGACUUGAGGCAGAUUGCCUUGGAUCCCUGCUGCCUUGGGAUCACCACACGUGUGGAUCCCUGCUGUCAGGAUGUGACCAGGUGCAGCAGCACCAGGUAUGUGGAUUCCUGCUGUCAGGAUGCUACCCAGUGCACCACCAGGUGUGUGGAUCCCUGCUGUCAGGAUGCAACCCAGUGCACUACCACAUGUGUGGAUCCCUGCCGUCAGGAUGCAACCCAGUGCACUACCACGUGUGUGGAUCCCUGCCAUCAGGAUGCAACCCAGUGCACCACCAGGUGUGUGGAUCCCUGCCGUCAGAAUGCAACCCAGUGCACUACCACGUGUGUGGAUCCCUGCCGUCAGGAUGCAACCCAGUGCACUACCACGUGUGUGGAUCCCUGCCGUCAGAAUGCAACCCAGUGCACCACCAGGUGUGUGGAUCCCUGCCGUCAGAAUGCAACCCAGUGCACCACCAGGUGUGUGGAUCCCUGCCACCAGGAUGCAACCCAGUGCACCACCAGGUGUGUGGACCCCUGCCACCAGGAUGUCACCAAGUGCACCACUAGAUGCGUGGAUCCCUGCCACCAGGAUGCAACCCAGUGCACAACCAGGUGUGUGGACCCCUGCCGCCAGGAUGUCACCAAGUGCACCACUAGAUGCGUGGAUCCCUGCCGCCAGGAUGUCACCAAGUGCACCACCAGAUGUGUGGAUCCCUGCCGCCAGGAUGCAACCCAGUGCACUGCAAGAUGCGUGGAUUCCUGCUGUCAGGAUGUCACCAAGUGCACCACCAGAUGUGUAGAUCCCUGUUGCAAGGAAAUGACCAAGUGUACUACUACCAGAUGUGUAGACCCCUGCUGUGAGGAAGUGACCAGGUGCACCACCACGUGUGUGGAUCCCUGCUGUAGACCUGUGACCAGAUGUGCUACCGCAUGUGUGGACCCAUGCUAUGGCAGAUAUACCAAGUGCACCACCAGAUGCGUGGACCCCUGCUAUGGAGCAGUAACCCGAGGCAGCACUAAGUAUGUGGAACCGUGUUGUGAUGAAGUGAGCAAGUGCACCAGCAGAUGUGUGGAUCCCUGCUGUCAUGAGGUGACCAAGUGCACCACCAGAUGUGUGGAUCCAUGCAGCGGAUGUGUGACCAGGUCCACCACUAAGUGUGUGGAUCCGUGCUGUGGCAGAGUGACCAAGUGUGCAAGGUGCAAGAAUCCCUGCUGUGGGGAAGUGAGCAAGUGCACCACCAGGUGCGUAGAUCCCUGCUGUGGCAGAGUGACCAAGUGUGUGGAUCCAUGCUGUAGGGAGGCGACCGGCUGCAAAACCAGGUGUGUGGAUCCCUGCUGCACUGAGGUGACAAAGUGUGCCACCAAAUGCGUAGAUCCCUGCUGCCAGGAUGCCACUAAGUGCACCACCACAUGCGUGGAUCCCUGCUGCAAGGAGGUGACCAAAUGCACUACCACGUGUGUGGACCCGUGCUGCCAGGAUGCAACCCAGUGCACCACCAGGUGUGCAGAUCCCUGCUGCCAGGAUGCAACCCAAUGCACCACCACCUGCGUAGAUCCCUGCUGCCAGGAUGCAAACCAAUGCACUUCCACGUGUGUGGAUCCCUGUGUGGCCCCCUGCUUUGUGAGGCCCACCCCACUGUGUGCCAGCAUCUGUGGCCAGCACUACUCCAUCAGCUGUGCCGACAUCUGCUGCCACAAGUGA